UAGAGAAAAGUAAAUGACACCUUCCAGGAAAUAAAAAUUCCUUUAGCAAAAGGAGAGGAUUUGUUAUGGGAGAGGAGGGGUUGUCCCUUGGAGGAGCCCAAGUCCCACCUGGCAAAGGACAGGGCAAGGGGCCGGCAGAGAGGAGGAAAGAGGAAACAGGGACUGCUUGCUGUGCCCUGGCUCGCCGGCGGAGGCAGCGAGGCACCGGGCUGUCCGCUCUCCUUUUCUCUCCUUCCCUCUCCACACCCAGCUGCCCCAGGAGAGCGCAGUGACUUUCUGGCUAGCCUUAGAGGCCGCCUGCUCUGGUCAGACUCAUGGCGCCCCGGGCCCUGCUGCCCGUCCUGCUGCUCUGUGUGCUGCUGCUGCAGGCCCAGGGAGGGCCCCGCGACCGCAGGAGAGCGCAGAAUAACAAGGUCUGCCAGAAGAAGCCCAGUGUAUACCUUUGCAGGCACCAUUGUUCAUUUUUCCAAAAAUGUCCGGGUAAAGAUACAUGCUGUUCGACCUACUGCGGGAACGUUUGCAUGAGCCUCCUGUGAGAGGGUGGGUGGGAGGCCGGCCGGCUGCGCCUCCUUGCUCCUUCCCGCCCUCCGGCAGACACCAGGCCCCUCCACGGAAGCACGAGGACCACACACACCCUGGCCCAGGAAUGCCACCCUCCUCGCCGCCUGCGCUACUCGUCUCUGUCAAAUAAACCAGUGCAAACGCCCA